AUGUCUUCAGCGUCUUCUGCCUGCUCAGGCAUUUCCGCUGACAGUGGAUACUACAGCAGCGCUGAUAGUGGCCUGCCCAAAUCAUCUUAUGACGGCAGUCAUCUACCAUGGAAGACCUUCCGCGCUCAGAUUCUUGUGCCUCACAAAAUUCGCAUACUGGACCAUGCACCCAACGGCCGGCUGCCGCAGGAUCUCAAGGCUAUGAUCAGCGCCGCCUCACAGCACGCUGCCAGGUUCGAGAUGCAGAUGACAGCCUUUCGCCAGCAAGUCCUCACCGACCGUGGACUAGGCUCCUCUGCGCUUUUCUCUCCCAAUCUCCUGCCAACAUUGGACGACGAGACAAAACUGGCCCGCCACUUCAUUCCCUCCUUCGAUCGCGAACCGUUGCCGCAACGAGCGCCUAGUCUGCGCCGGCCGUCCUAUGAGCUGUCUGUUCCUCGCCCGUGCCUCUCGAGCGGCUUCUCCCAAGAUGCCUUCUCCGAUGAAGAGAUCCAAGUAAUGCCAUCUUACAUGGGCCCUGUUGGAACAACCAUCGACUACGACACCGGCUAUGUCUCCACCAGCGCCGUCGUUUAUAGCCCGUACUUCCACCUCGAGCCACUUCACGGCUCUAGCGAAAGCAGUAUCGAGACAGCCAAUAACCGAUGUGCCAUCGACGGCGCUUGGUCUGCAAGGUCGCUGCAGAUGCUGUUCGCUGCUGACUCUGUCCUACAAAGCACACCCGUGCCGCCCUCUUUCUCUUGUGUGAUUAACAAGUCCCUAGCAAUAAUCAACCUUCACUGGGUCGAUGGUCAAGAUUUCUGCAUGACCUCGCUGUGCAAAUUUGACCUCACGAGUGACGAGCAUUUCGUGCAGUUCUUAAUUUUCGUGGAGGCCGUUGACCGGUGGGCAGUGCAGCACGUCCUUCCCAAGGUCAAGUCCGCGCUUCAGAGAAUGGCGGCCGAGGAUGCAAAGAAGCGGUCUACCAGAAAUCACCAAUUUCUGGCCGGACUUUCAGCAGCUUCAGGUCAUAGUGGCGCCGAUAACAAGCCGCUACUGUCGCUGAAGCUGAACUUUGACGACAUUCCAUGGCGAGAUGUAAACCUAGGCCGCACCCCUGUGUCUUCCAGUACCGCUUCAAAGGGCUCGCCUAUGAUCAGCGACCUCCUAUCUCCGAAAGAUUGCACGCCUGUUUCUUCGAGCACCGCUUCGAAAGGGUCGCCAGCUACAAGCAGCUUUCCAGCUACGCCCUUGGAGCAAUCUGUAAGUCAGAGGGGCUUACCCACGAACUUGAAGUCCGAUGCUGCACGCCAAAGAAUGUCAGGGUACGAUGACGGCCCGUUGAAGACUCCACCAGGUCCCAGCCACAACGACGUCCUACAGCGCCGUCUCGAUCUUGCAAUGGCAGAGAUUCAGGCUCUGAGCGCAAAUGUCAAGGAGUUGAGCGCUUUACUAAAGGAAACAAAUCAAUUUGCCAGGACAGAAGUCGAGGAAUUAAAGACAACAAUAUCAUUCCUGCUCGGAAGAGACACACGUACGUCCCACGGUGGCCUUCCAAUCCGCAGCUCCAAGGACGCAUUACCUCAACUAGCCGGCCUUGGUCUCAUGGUAAUCGAAGACGAUCCUCCGCCCAUCAAGCGCGCCUCCGCACCAGUCAAACGCGCCUCAGCGCCCGCGCCAACCCUCUCGCGCGAACCUAUUCACGCAACAGACGACACCGUUAACCGCGCCGACUCGCCCGUCCCGGUCGACGCGCUCCCCACCCGCCGCUCUCCGCGCCCUGCAAGCCUCCAGCUCCGGCAUUCUAAUCUCAGCUCACCACUCGAAUGGCCUCCCGCGCCACUCUUCCCGCAAGAGCGCCCGCCGGAGCUCCGGUCGCCCACACCGCGCUUCCUCGUCUGUCCGCCGGCGCCAAGGCUGGGAUCGCAGAGCACGCCGACGCCGCGCACGGCGCGCUUGACGAUCCCGGAGCCUUUUGCACCGCAGCUUCAUAAUGUCAGUCUGGAUGAGGAGAUGGACGAGUCUCAGGAGGAAACGCCGAUUGCUUCGCUGGGGGGGAUGGGGAUGCAGGUGAUGAUGAUGACUACUGAGCCGCGGAGCGCGGAUGGGGAGCGUGGCCAGCAGGGGCAGCAAGCUGAGGACGUGGCGAUGAGGUUCGUGGAGCAUCUCAAUGGCACUGGUAAUGGUGGUGGUGAUGAUGGGAAGUUGUAUCCCUCUGAGGUCGAGUUUGGGACGGCACAGCAUGCGAUGGUUGGAUAG